AUGCCCUCGACCCCGGUGUGGGCGGGGUCCUGACUGUUUUCUUAGGUAGCCCGUUAAAAUGCCCGAACUCAAAACACUUCUUUUUCCAAGAUGGCGUCGAUGAAGGACAGCGACACCGGCCUGUGGCUUCAUAACAAAUUGGGAUCCACGGACGAGCUGUGGACGCCUCCGAGCAUCGCCUCUCUCCUCACCGUGUCAGUAAUUGACAACAUACGGCUGUGUUUCUCGAGCUUAUCGCCCCCGGUGAAGCUCAAACUCCUGCUCGGGAUGCUGCAUCUUCCCAGGCGAACCGUUGACGAGAUGAAGGAGGCGCUGUCGGAGAUAAUCCAGCUGGCUACGGUGGAUUCAGAGCCCUGGGUGCUGAUGGUUGCAGACAUCCUCAAGUCCUUCCCAGAGACUGGCUCUCUCAAUCUGGACUUGGAGGAGCAGAAUCCAAAUGUGCAGGAUAUUCUUGGAGAGCUCAGGGAGAAAGUGAGCGAGUGUGAGGCGCCUGCCAUGCUUCCUCUGGAGUGCCAGUACCUGAACAAGAGUGCGUUAACCACUCUGGUGGGACCCCUCACACCCCCCGUCAAACAUUUCCAGCUGAAGAGGAAGCCUAAAAGUGCAACCCUCAGGGCAGAGCUGCUACAGAAAUCCACAGAGACAGCCCAGCAGCUAAAAAAGACAGCCGGAGUGCCUUUUCACGCCAAAGGGAGAGGAUUGGUCAAAAAGAUUGACACUACAACUCCUCUCAAGGGGAUUCCCAAGGCCCCUUUCCGCAGUCCCACUGCUCCCAGUAUGUUCAGCCCUCCCAGUAACCGCACACCUAUUGCCCCUGCACGGACGCCCCUGCGUAAGGAGAGAGGGGUCAAGCUGUUAGAUAUUUCAGAGCUGGAUAUGGUCGGAGCUGGGAGAGAAGCAAAGAGGAGAAGAAAGACUUUGGAAACGGAGGCCGGAGAGAAAGCAGCCAAAGAAGAAGCAGCCGUGGUGGAAAACACCACACCUGACUACGCUGCCGGCCUCGUCUCUGCACAGAAACUGGGGGCGUUAAACGAGAAUCCUCUGCCGUCUACCAGCUACCUACCGGCCACACCCAGCAUGGUCCCCUCCUCCUCUUACAUUCCCAGCUCCGAGGCCCAGCCAGCAAAUGCUGGUGGUUCGGGACGGGACACGCUGCAGUCGGCUCGCCAACCAGAGGAGUCAGCAACAGCGGGCGCUGGCGCCACCGCCACUGCCACCUUACCAGGUCAGUACAAACAGAGGACGCCUAUGUACAACGCGAGCAACACGGCGAAUCCCGCAACCCCAACGUCCCCCAGCACGCCAGUCUCCACCCCCGCCAGCAACGGGCCCCCAGCGGCUGCGACUGCCAGCCAGCCAGAGACCCCCACCCAGCCUCCGAGCACACCGCAGACCCCCACCCCGACACCAACCCCUACGCCACCUCAGCCACAGCCCAAAAAGAACCUGUCACUCACGAGAGACCAGAUGUACGCUGCCCAGGAGAUGUUCAAGACGGCCAACAAGGUCACCAGACCAGAGAAGGCCCUCAUCCUGGGCUUCAUGGCUGGAUCCAGAGAGAACCCGUGCCCGGAGCAGGGGGACAUCAUCCAGAUCAAGCUGAGCGAACACACAGAGGUUCUGCCCAAAGCCGACGGCACCGGCAGCACUACCAUGCUGGUGGACACAGUCUUCGAAAUGAACUACUCCACAGGACAGUGGACCCGCCUCAAGAAAUACAAACCCAUCACCAAUACCUCCUGAGGAGCUUCACGUCCUCAAAAAAACACACAUCCAAAAUUUCUUAUCCACUUAAAAAAAGAAAAUGUUUACACACGUACAAGUAUUUGCAUACACAUUUGGGCCAAAUCAAGCACUGGGCGGGUGAGAGGUCGUCAAGGAGAGAAAGGUCCUCCCUGUUCCUGCGCCGCCAAAAUGCAGGACUCUUUGAAGAAUAUUUCUGUACUUUUUGUUUGGUUGUUUCCCUUUCCCUUUUAUUGUUUCAGUUUUUAAGUCACCUGCGAUUCCUGAAUGAUGCUGUGGUCACAAGAAGUGAGAGAGUUAAACGAGUCUGAGCUGAGGAAUUGUUCUCACGGCAGGCACCUGUCAACGUGUACUCUGGAGGUACCAGCAUGUCACGUGUCUAGAGAGAAGACGAGCUGUCUGUAUUUUUGUGUAUGAAUGUCACAUUUUGCAGCUUAUCUUCUUUCAGAUCAGAAUCAUGGUUUGUGACAAAAAAAGAGAACAGUAACGAAGGUCAUCAUUGAGGUGACCAAAAGAAGAAAAAAAAACAAAGCGGUGAAAAUGAGUUCUGUUUGGAGCCUUAUGGUCGAUGUUUUCAUCCAUUUUUCAUCCUUUUUCCAAAGAAGGGAAGAAAAUAAAGUGACAGCAGACUCCA